UCUUUUGAUCUUUUAUAUCGUUCUUUUUAAAACAGUGUUAAAGGUACUUUUCUGCGUUUACUAAUCGCGUCCAUUCAUUUAUUAUAACAUCUCUACCACUGUUAAUUUUUGAUAAAAAUUUCAAAGAAGUCCUUCGUUAUGCGUUAUUCCAAAUUAUUAUUGAUGGCUGUUUCAGUCAUGGCCGUUCCUUUUAAAAGAUUUGAUAAUUCUUCAGUUGAUGCUUUAGAAUCUUCUCAAAGUUCUGGAUACUCAGCUCAAGUUUAUGCUGCUUCUUCUGAUCCAGCUGAUUCUUAUCAAGUUUCCACUUCUUCUGGCCCAGAUGGUACUUCCACCAUUACUCAACAAAAAUUCAUCACCGUUACUUUAGCUUCAACUACUUUAACCGUUCCAGCUGCUUCUUCAAGUGCGGUUGCUAACGCUAAAGUCGCUGCUGCUUCUUCUGAUGAUACUACUUCUACCAUUACUGAAUACCAAACCCUUACUUUAAGUGAUGGUUCAACUUCUUUAAAACCAACAAAUACUAAAACUACCAAGGCUGCCCUUGCUUCUCAAACUGCAGCUUCUUCUGAAAUUGAUACUACUUCAACUUCAACCAUUACUAAAUACGUUACUAUUUCUGAAGCUAACGGUUCUCAAUCGGUUGAAGCUGUCACCACCACCGAAACUGGUAGCUCUGAAACUGGUGAUUCUGAUAGCCAAGGUAAAGCUGAAUGUUCUCCAGUUACCGUCACCGUUACUGCUUCUCAAGAUCCAGUCACCGUCACCGUUACUGCUACUCCUUCAGCCACUGCUGCAAGUGCUUCUGCUAAUUUAGCUGAAAAAUUUGUUGCCUCUUCUUCCGCCAUUGCCGCUUCUUCAAGUGCUGCUCCUUCUUCUGGCUUUAACUCUACUACCAAUGGUACUUUCUACUCAUCUGGUAACACCCUCGCUAGAGCCAGAAGAGGUCUUCUUUUUAACUUUUAAAUAAGUUAAUUCUGACUCCUUCUACGAUUAUGUUUGUUCGUUGAUUCUUUUUUUUACUGUAUUCUAGUUUCUGAUUCUCUUUUUAACGACAUUCCAGUUCUCUUCUCUAUCUUGUUUUCAUACCCUUUUUUUUCAUCUCUAUUUAUAUACACGAAGCUUGUCUUACUCUUUUCUCUAUUUAACGUCCUUGUAUCUCAUACUACUGAAAUACAUUUUUACAUAUACG